UGAAAACAAAAAUGGUGGCCAACAAUAUGCCCUAUCCCUGCCCUGGUUUUAUGGCACGCCAAAUGUCUGCGUUCUCUAGGCUUCUUUCUACUAUGUAUUUCCCUUCGACCGAUACACCCAAUUUCGAUGUGAGCAAAGGGAAUCGUUUUCUCGCAAUCGACCCUAUCUUACGUGCUAAAUAAGUGGGGCUGCUUCUAACCAAACCGAAGGAAACACGAAAAAACAAUCUAGCACUGUGGCAAUGCAGUAAGGAGGAAAAUCCUGUAUGCUUUACUAAUUCCGAACGCAAGAUAGACGUUUUCAUUUCGCCAGCACGCUAUGUACCAAUUAUGUAAAAAAUUUCCUGUUGUCCGUAUCACAUGUACGAUUGGAGUCAUUUAACAUAUUUAAUGAAAUGUCAAAAUAAUCACAGAAUCAUAUUAGGUUGUUGAAUUUUCUAGAGACUGGUAAUGACAGAUAGAGUACGCACAAUGAGGUUGGAAGCAGAAAUGGCUGCUCCUUUGCAUCUGCAAAGAUUGGAGCGCAGCCUUAAUGUACAGCCCUUCUUAAGACAAAUCAAUGAAUUAUUUCAAGAUCCAGCUAGCGAGGAUGAGAAAUCUAUUUCAUCAGAGUCUUCUGAAGGAUCAGACAAUUACCUUGAUAACAUGUUAAUCCGAAAAGAAGAGGAGAGAAUUAAUAAAUUAAGGCUGUAUAAUAUGUCCAGUGUCGGAGAAGAACGUAGGUGGUUGCAAGACAUUCUUUUGAGCGAUUCAUCAGAUAGUUCAGCAUCAGGAUCCGAUACAGAUAGUCCCAUCACGGAGGAAGAUUUUCAAGAAAUGUUAAAAUUUCACAUACUCAGGAAAAAGUAUCAGGGCCGCUUCUAUCAGAAACCAGAGAAUAUACAGUAUCAGUACUACAGUGCCGGUUUAUUGUCAAAUUAUGAUCGAUUUUUAGAACACCAAAAGUUGAUAGUUGGUAAUAAAAAGAAGAAAGAAAAGAAGCCUGAGAAGAAGAUCAUGAAAAUCAAGAAGGAAAAAGUUCCUCGACACAGACCAUCCAUCGAUUAUCCUGAUGGGGAAUAUCCAGAGGAUGAAUGGGAUCGUACGAUGCCUAGAGAAGAAGAAUUGGAUGAAGCUGAAUUAGAAGCAAUAAUGCGCCACCAACCGCGGCAACGCGGAAGAAAGAAGCAUAAUAACAAAAGCCCAGAAGUAAUGGCGAUGAGGAGGAGGAAAAUCUGGGUGAUGAUGUCUAAGAAAGAAUUGGGAAAAGUACAAAGAGCGAAAACCAAUAAUCAUAAGGAAAUGUUAAUUAGUUGUAAGAAAGUAGCACAGCAUUGCAUGAAAUAUUGGCGACAAAAGGCUAUGCAAUCUCAAAAGAACAUGAAGGAGACCAUAUGGAGAGCAAAGCGUCUUACGAGGGAGAUGCAAUCGUAUUGGAAACGAUACGACCGCGUCGAACGUGAAACCAGAAGAAGAUUAGAAAAGGAAGCUGAAGAACAAAGGAAAAUGGACGUCGAGCUAAUCGAGGCGAAACGGCAGCAAAGGAAAUUAAAUUUUCUUAUUACUCAAACCGAAUUGUAUGCUCAUUUUAUGUCCCGCAAAUUGGGGAAAGCUUCACCGGAAGAACAGUUGAGAAUUUUAAAUCAAUUAGACGAAGAGAAAAAUCCGAGACUUGUUGGGAUCGACGAUUAUGAUAGCGAAAUCAUGAAACAAAAAGCAAAAAGGAAUGCUACAGAAGCAUUCGACAAUGAGAAAGCUAGAGCGAAACAAUUUGAUACUGCGGCUGCGUCCCAAGAAUUACGACUUAGCGAUACUCCAGAAACUUUGGAGCACCCGCAGCCUUCGAUUUUCAAAGGAAGUUUGAAAGGUUAUCAAUUGAAAGGAAUGAACUGGUUAGCAAAUUUAUAUGAUCAGGGAAUCAGUGGAAUAUUGGCAGAUGAGAUGGGUUUGGGAAAGACCGUGCAAUCUAUAGCCUUUUUAUGCCACGUCGCUGAAAGAUACUCUGUGUGGGGACCGUUUUUGAUCAUAUCUCCAGCCUCUACGUUGCACAAUUGGCAACAAGAAAUGGCACGAUUCGUACCAAUGUUCAAAGUGGUUCCAUAUUGGGGCAAUCCCCAGGAACGUAAGAUCCUGAGACAGUUCUGGGAUACUAAAGAUCUGCAUACGAAAGAGGCUUCGUUUCAUGUAGUUAUUACUAGUUAUCAAUUAGUUAUAACCGAUUACAAAUAUUUUAACAGAAUAAAAUGGCAGUACAUGAUCCUGGACGAAGCACAGGCUAUAAAAAGCACCAGCAGCAUGAGAUGGAAACUGUUGCUCGGAUUCAGUUGUCGUAAUAGAUUACUUCUUAGCGGUACUCCAAUUCAGAAUAGUAUGGCCGAGUUGUGGGCAUUGUUACAUUUCAUAAUGCCCACUUUGUUCGACUCCCAUGACGAAUUCAACGAAUGGUUCUCCAAAGAUAUCGAAAGCCACGCCGAAAAUAAAACUGGGAUCGACGAGAAGCACUUAUCGAGAUUGCAUAUGAUUUUGAAACCCUUCAUGUUGCGGAGGAUAAAGAAGGACGUAGAGAACGAGUUAUCCGAUAAGAUAGAAGUGAUGGUGUAUUGCCCGCUUACAACGAGACAAAAAUUACUUUAUUCAGCAUUGAAGAAGAAGAUUAGGAUAGAAGAUUUAUUACAUUACACCGUGGGCGGUGGAGACACAGCAACCAACGAUAAAAACUUCACGUCAAAUCUUAUGAAUCUAGUCAUGCAAUUCCGGAAGGUUUGCAAUCAUCCAGAAUUAUUCGAGCGCAGAGAUGCUAGAUCUCCAUUUUUCAUGCAUACCCAGUUUUACGAAAUGCCAGCAUUAUUGUACAUAGAGGGAUUGCUGCAUCUCUCGUUGCCAUCCAAAGAUCACUUGUUGUAUAAUAAGCUGUUUAUAUUUGCUACCGAACAUUUGCAUCGAACCCUUCACGAUGGCAGCGAAAGUUCCCAAAAUCCUUUUUCGUUUAGUAGAUUCAUUAACUUGUCCCCCAUGGAAAUGAACAAAGUGUUUAUCAUUGGUAUUUUAUUCAGAUUAUGCCUUGCCACCAUGACGGAGAGGAGGGUGAAAAUCGCGCGUUACUGGGAAGACUGGAACGUUGAUGAGAGGAUAGAAGUCCCUAGGAACCAAAUGUUCCUUUUGCCAAGGAAGAUGAACGACUCGUCGCAAGCAUUGCAGAACUUAAUUUUUACGGGAAGAAUUAUCGAAGGGGAUCCUGUAUAUACGCAUAGUACACACGUUAUUCAUUCAAUGCCUGAAACCGUUGCUCAUCGAAUCCUGCGCAGCAGCAAGAAGCCUGCUAAUCAAUCCUUGAAGAGAAUACUUCCGUCUGCUAAAGUGGAACAAGAAGAUUCGAAGGUGACCUUGCUUCCGGAGCAUCCGCACCUUCCAAGACCACCGAUAAUGAGACUCUGCCAACAGACUACCAUUCCAUCCUUUAUCUGCGAUACUUAUCCUAAGGUUCAAGCUAGUCCUCGAAAAUUGUAUGUUAGUAAUAAUGCCGCAACGUGCGCGUGGAGGAGGCACGAAGAAUGCGGUGGAAAAUUCGGUCAGCAACUUCUGUGGCUUGGUUGCGAGCGAGCUCUCUCAAUUUCGCAAGGAGCCUCCAGUUUUCGCAUAAUGCAGACAACCCCGACCUUCUCCGUUGAGCCUCAAGGCGGACUAUCAGCGUGUGCGCCGAUCAACGGCUGGUCGAAUAUCAUAGUACCAGAUAAGCAAACCUUGGUGACGGAUGCCGGCAAACUUUCAGUAUUGGACAGUCUUCUGCGACGCCUCAAAGAACAGGGUCACCGUGUUCUCAUUUAUUCCCAGAUGACCAAGAUGAUAGACUUGUUAGAGGAGUAUAUGUAUCACAGAAAGCAUACUUUCAUGAGGUUGGACGGCUCCUCGAAGAUCUCCGAUCGGCGAGACAUGGUGGCAGAUUUCCAGAAACGGGCGGACAUAUUCGUCUUUUUGCUGAGCACACGCGCCGGGGGCCUGGGAAUAAACCUCACCGCCGCAGACACGGUGAUCUUUUACGACAGCGACUGGAACCCUACAGUGGAUCAGCAGGCGAUGGAUCGCGCCCAUAGGCUGGGCCAAACCAAACAAGUCACGGUGUAUCGAUUGAUCUGCAAGGGGACCAUCGAGGAGAGAAUACUGCAACGUGCUCGGGAGAAGAGCGAGAUACAACGCAUGGUGAUCAGCGGUGGGAAUUUCAAACCGGACACUCUGAAGCCCAAAGAGGUUGUAUCCCUACUGCUGGACGACGAGGAAAUCGAAGCGAAAUAUAGCCAACGGAGCGAGGAAAGAAAGCAGCACGCGGAGGAUGUUCGGCUCGAGUCGAGCCUACACCACAAGGAGAGGGACCGGAAAAGGAAGUUGACCGCGCUUCCGGUCAAGGCCGAUGCGAAGAAGCCCUGUCUGUCCGACGCGAACGGCGACAGGGUCGGGGACACCGUGCAGUCGAAUUCGAACGAGGGCAACCAGACGAGCAGCACUCAGGCGCACUUCAUUAACAAUAAUCAACAGAUGCUGGAGACGACGGACGAUUACAGCGUGCCCGCCAGCCCUGUCAAGUCCGAGGACGAGACCAGCAACGACGGGCUGGUCGUCGACGUCGACGGCCCCGUCGGCGGUACUUCCAGCGAUUCGAGGCAGUUACGGGUCAGCCAGUUCGGCGAGCCGGCCAAGGUGAGCCGUUUGGAUCACCACGUCGCGUUCAGCAGUGGCUCCGGCGUCCGAAUGAGGCCCACGAUCCGCGGGACCAGUAAACGAGGCAGACCCCGAGGUUCCCGCAGAGGAGGACCCGUAGGGGGCAAAGGCAGGGGGCUCCUUCUGCUUCAUCCAUCCUCGAAGGUCGCCAGGGGCGAUUCUCAGUCGCCCGCGUCCAUGUCUCCCACCGGUGGCAACGCGACCACCGAUCAUAUUCAUCAGCACGGAGGUCAGGGGUCAUCCGGUCCAGCGGAGGGCGACGGGCCGAGCACGGUGGGUCCGCUGGGCCCGGUCGGGUCUCUGGGCCCUGUCUCGGGCAGAGGAGGCGCGCCGACCAUUCGCCGCGGGCCCGGCCGACCACGGCUCAGGCCAACCGGCCCAGGACACCAAGGAUACCGUGCCCCGGGUCACCAUCACGGCAGGAAAGUCCAGCGACCGCUCCCGGUGCCGCUCAGGUCCCAGCAGACGAUCGCCACGGUGAACCAGCAGAAGCCGUCGGGUCAGCGAUCAUCGGGCUCCGGAGCUUCUUCUAUGUCCUCCGCGGCAAUGAACGCCGGCUCCUCGUUCCCUUCGUCCACCGGCGAGUCGAGACCGUUCGGCUUCUACACGCAACAGCAGCCGCGGGGAUCCUCCUAGCUUCCGGAGGAGGAAUUCCUUCGGGUGAUCCUCGAGGGAGACUCUUGAACCCGGUCGAAAACGAGGACCUUGGACAGCAUGCUUCUUCGGUCAUCGUACGCGAGCACUCUCUUCUUCUCGGACGGCUCUCGAGGACGAUUCUCAAUGACGAUUUCAAAGGAUGAGCACCUCGAAGAGCACCUGCGAGAUACGGCGCGCGGAGUCUUUUCGUGGCCGAGCUACGAACGCACCCAACUUUCCGAUGGAUGUUCGAUUCUCGAGGGGGACCACCUGCGCCGAUCGGUUCGCGGGGCCCCGUCCGUGUUCGGUGGUAGCGGAAGAACUGCGAAGGCGCCGACCCGGCACCACCGUUCAAGGACACCCCGCGGAGAACAGGCUCGCAGCCGGUAAUCCCGACCGGGGAUCUCCUUGUCCGCGAGCAUUUUCGAGCGGGCGUCGAGCACAGCAAGCGACGACGAGCCGAUGAUUUUAAUCGCCUGAAACGAUCCCGGGAACGCGUCAGACUGUAAACUAUUGUAUAAAAGCGGAUCCUCUGUCGAUAUUUAUGGCCCGGUCCCGAAACAAUUUCCGAUCGUUCAGGCAAUUUGUACAGAUGCGAAUCGAUAGCUCGGCGUCGCCUCACCUCGUUUGGUACUUAAAUCGUUGCUCGAGCACAGCUGAGACAUCCAAGGAUAUUUCCGGCCCGAGGAUCGCGAGAAUUGUGGUGGACUCGAGCGAGCACAAGUGUCGUACACCGUUCGAUAAAACGGCUUUUAGUUUGAAUUCACCUGUAAAACUUUCAAUCCGGACGACGAAGCGACGAAGCCCAUUUCGGUAGAUUGACGAUCCACGACCGAGCGUCGAACAGACUACUUUCACGAUAUAGAGUUUUCUCGUUCACUUUCAUCGUCUUCUACUUCUUUUAUCUAUCUCCCUGUAUCCGUCUCUGUCAGUCUCUUUCUUACUCUCUCUCUCUCUCUCUCUUUUUCUUUCUGCGUUUAUACCGCACGCUCGACGCAUUGCGAUUCGUCAAAGAUCAUCUGCGUCAUCGUUUCGCAGGUAGGCUCGUUUAGACGAUAUUUUUUAUGCGAGUUACGAAGAAACAUCAUGCCGACUCGAUUUGUAAGAGAAUGGUAUUUAUAUUAGCAAUAAACGAUUCGAAUGUCCACCGAGAA